GUGCCCGCCCUCGCAGUGUCUAUUUUCUAUACAAAUCCUAUGAAGUUCAGCAAUGACUGCGCUCAACGUCCUCGGCGAAAAUAGCGAUUCUAGCGCAACUUUUGGAACACUGCCGAGCUCGUCAAUGUCACGUUUCUCUCACCGACCAAUCACAAUCAAGAAGGGGCGGGACUUACAGUAUCAACGUUGCAACAAUAUCAAAAAUACAGGAGGAAAAACUGAUCCUGGCUGUAACAACCCAGUAUUUCUGAUCAAAUUAUCGGAGGGUUAUCGUGAUCAAUAUUUGAAAUCAAGAGCGGGGAGCGACGUUGCCAUGUCUGUCGGAAGUGCAGGUGUGUGAGUCACCCACCGGAAGUCUAUAUAAACCCAGUCAGUAGCAAUUACCUCUCCUUUGCCAGUCGGCCUUUCCACACGGCGCCAACAAGAAGUGGAGCACAUGGAACAAACAUUUGUCUCUCUGUGGAGGUUCCGGGGGGAGACCCCUCAGUCUCAACCCCCUUCUCCUGGGCUACCACCCCUCUCCACCCCCCGCUGCCCCCAUGCUCCAGGUACCAGCAACAGGAUGGAUUCGAACCAGCCACUCCAGGACCAGCACGACCUUGCGGCCGCAAACAAACCCACUUCGCCACCGAAUACCCUUUGCAUUUAGGAUUUCUCUCUGCACGCUUUUCAAGCUUCCAAUUUGUGUAUUGACGUUUCAAAAUUUACUGACCCUGGUAAGAGUCGAACCCUCGUCCUCAGGACUCUCAAGCGGUGUGUUAUCAGCUUGAGCUAUUUGGCCAGAGACGUUUGGAAGGCCUUUAUUAGAUUCUACAAGUCUUUCGUUUGGGAUUUGAAGUUUAAAAUUUACCGAUCCUGGUAAGAAUCGAACCCUGGUCCUCAGGAUUCUGAGGUGGUGUUUUAUCAGUUUGAGCUACUUGACCACAGACACUUUGAAUGUUUUCUUUAAGUCUUUCAUCAGUAUGUUGGACUUCAUUUUGAUAUUCACAUUGACUAUUUUUAAAUCACCUCUCACAUGGGUGCUGGACAUCAAAAUGUUUUGAUUCAGUUGUUUAUAUUAGAUUUAUAUUAGGUUGUUGCUUUUCACAUUACUAACCAGAAACACAAAACAAAAGGAGACAGGAUUUGAUCUUUUCACCUCAGAUGUUUAGACAGCAGGCUAUCACACGGAGCUACUUCUCAGGUGUUAAAGUAAGUGUUGGUCACAUCCAUGUCAUGUUCUUAAAUCACCAAAUUUGUUGAGCUGUUUCGUAGGGCUACUUAUGUUUGUUGCUCACAAUAUGAAAUCAUCCUUUCCACAGUUAGAAGUGAAAAUAAACCAUUGCAAACAAUGUUAAUUUAUUUAGAUAUUUCAGAAAUAUUCUGAUGUAGUGUCGAUUUAUUCUAAUUUUGGACAAAAAAUUUAAUUGAACCAGACACAUUAUACCUAAAGGAAACUCCGGUUCAACAGUUCAACUGCAUUUAAACUGAAAUGUUGAUGCUUUUAAGACUUUAAAACCUUGAAUUGUGAAGUAGAGGAAUAUGGCAUUGAUGUAGAAGUGCAGUGCGUCCUUUAUGGAUUUGAGAUAGCUAUGCUUUGCAGAAAGUUGACAUGGAUGUAGAGGACAGGACAAGAAUGCAUUACAAGUUGUGCACAUUUACUGCCCUCUAUCAGCUAAAGGAGAAAACUGCUUACUGCAUUUUCUCUUUCUUAACAUAUGAUUUUAUGCAUUAUUUCCUCCCUGUUCUUCCUGCAUAAGUCACCUCUGUUGUAAUCAGUACACAAUCUCUAUGUAACCAAAUGAUUACAAUAUCUUUACAAACAAUAUGUCAAGGAAUAAAAGGCAACUAAUCACCCUUUAAACCUGAUGAGGUUAAGUUUCCUUGGUCAGGUGACACCAGUUGCUAUGAAACACUGACAUCAAGCACAAGCUCUUCUGUAGAGUACACUGAAUUAUUAAUACAGCUACCGCUAUGAAUACAGCAAGAAUACUGUAACAAAUUUUGCCGCUCACAUUCUCUUGACCAGAGAGAAUCACUUGGCAAACUAUGUCGUCUUUAUUGGAUCAUGGGUUGAUCAGGACUGCACCGGUGGAGCAGGUGGUCGCACCAAUUGCAAGUCAUUUAUGCCACUUGGUGCUGCUGUGUGACAGCACAGAGGAACCUGAGCAGUUCAGCCACCUCGAGGAGGCAGCUCAGACUGUGGCUAAAGCGACUGAGAACAUGGCAGCAGUGGCCUCAAGGCUAAUAAGUGAGACAGAGGAUGAGGUUUUGCACAUGGAGAUGUCAUCCCUGUUGGAGUCAGUCACUGUGUCUGGACAGCAUGUGCUGCUGGCAGCCCAGAAACUCAGCAUCCAGCCCAGUUUGGCUGAACACAGAGAGGAACUCAUCACUGCUACACAAAACGUCUUCCUGGGAGUAGUCAAAGUUCUGUUAGCGGAUGACGAUGCUACCGUCAGGAGAGUUGUAGCUGCUGCUGAUCGUGUUUUGGAGUGCCUCUCUGAACUUGGCUCCUCCACUGACAUCAAGUCUCUGCUCAGAUCUUUCCAGGUGUUUUCUGAGGCUCUGCUCCUCCUCAACAGUCUGACAAUGGAGAGAGCAAAUUCCUUACAGGAUCCCAGACAAACUAAACAGCUCCUCGAUUCAUUGGAGACCCUGAGGAGGUGCAUCUCCAUGCUGCACACGGCCAUGUGCACAACCAUCAAACACCCUACAAGUCAGCAGGUACAGGAAGCUAAAAGGUAUAUUCUGGACAAGGUGCGGAGCACAGUGAGCGACAUUAUUGUAACCCUGAAAAGUAAAUGCCACAGAGGAUCACUGGGUCCUUUUGGAUAUUAUACAGGGAGGAGGACCAGUCCUGAUGCAGCUUCUUACUAGUUCCUCCAACUCCUCAAUCCAAAGCAGUGACUUUGACAGCAUAAUAAGAGAUCUUGUGUUUCACUGUAUGGUUGUGGCAAACUCUUCUCGGAGAGAGUUUCAGCAAAGAGUGGUGGGUCAUUGUCGUCACAUCCUGCAGUUCUGGUCUGACAUAAAAAGGAUUUUAAAGUCCACAGAUAAUCUUGAUGAGCAGCACCUCGAGAACAUCUUCAAUUUGCUGGUGCAACAGAUACAAAUGCUUGACAAAGCUUUGAUAACUACUACUCUCUAUCAAGUCUUGGACACGUUUCUUACAGCAUCUUCUACAUUUGAGGAGCUUUUAAAUGUGACGAGACAGAUCCUGGUAACAGAUUCCUAUACAAAGAUGGAUCUGAACUUUAUUCAGCCUCUAGUUGAGGAUUUCAUAUCUUCCACUGAUAGAAUAACACAAGUGGCAAAUUUCAUCUCAGCUGUGGCUGUUGAUGCAAAGAGUUUGGAGAACGUGGAGAACUCACGAGCAUGCCUCACGAGACUCAGAGCUCGAAUCGCACCUCUCUCACUGGAGCUGGGAGAUAAUUCAAUGCAAACUGUUCAAAAGCUUCAUGAUGUUUGUCAAAAAUGGGAGGAGGAGACUAGUCAGCUUCAGGAUGCUCUCAGUGAUGUGAUGGACGUCAGGGAGUUCACCAGUAUUGCUAUUAAUGAGAUGGUGAAUGACCGCCAUGGAUGUGACACAGCUUACAGAGAGCAGAGCUAUAAAUUGUUUAAGGAACACACAGCAAACCUUAUCUGUCACAUGAAGCUGGUGAUUCACUCAGUGAGGAGGCACUUGGACAGAAGUGAUGACCCCAUAUACAGGAAUGGCCUCCUUGUCCUGCUGAAACAGGUUCAGUCAUCUGAGACCAAAGCAAGUGAGUCAGUCAGAGACAUGCUUCUAGGUCCCUGUCUAAAUGUGGAAGCAUAUUCUACCUUUUCCAAUAAUGUUUCCACAGUCAUUCAGCACUUUAAAGUGCUAAGAGAGGGACUGGACGGCCAACAGCAUCCACAUCUCCUGAGCCCACUGCGAGAGGGGGCACGCCAGCCUGACAUCUCACAGUUAUAUUUACCAGUGAAAGACACCUGUGAACUGAACCUGGAUCAUAUGAUAAGAGGCUCUGAUUCUCCUGUUGUGGAGGUUAUGGAGAGAGAUUCCCAUACUGAACAUGAGGAGGAGCACACAGAUGAGGAAACCAUAGAAGCGGAACUGGCUCGUAAAUAUGACAGUGAUGAUUUAAAGAUCCCAACUGUCUCCAAUGCACCCAAACUGAUCCAGAAGUCUCAUGCAUUUGACCUUUUACCCCUCUUGUAUGAAGUUGUUACUGUGACUAAAGAGAAAGAUGUGACAGUGCUCAACAAGGCUUGCACUGGUGUUCUCAAGCUGUCGAACUGUUACGCUCAAGCUGCAAAGGAAGCCUUGGCCAUUGUUGAUGCAGUUGAUUGUCAAACGUUGGAAGGUUUUAGAGCAGAGCUGGUGUCACUGACUCCGCUGCUUGUCCAGACAGCUCAAGAGACAGCGAUGAGUUCAGCAAUGAGCACAGAGGGCAUCUACAAACACAGCACACAGUUUUCUGACCUUAUUAACAACAUCAGAAAGGUUCUACUGCCAGUAGCUGGAACCUGGUAUCAUGCUGCUUACACUGAGCUGCAAGGAAAUCUGCCAACAAUGGCAACCACUGUUGCACAGCAGUUAAAUGAAGUGAUGAAUUUAUGUGCUGACAUGGUCCAGCUUUUGACAUCAUCUGAUUUGACCUCACAAAGUGAUGGUCAAGAAACAUUCAGCAUUUUACACAGCAAGCUGAACAAAGCCCAGAACAACACAAGGUAUCUGGUUGAGUUCUCCACCUCAUUGGAGGCACAAGUAGAUCAGCUAGAGGGAAUCUGUAUCCUCUGGGGUCUCUCUAUUCAGAUUUUGCUAAAUUCUCUCGAUAAGAUUUUGGGAACAUCAGCUGCAAUGAAUCAACUGAGCCCUCAGAAACAGCUAUCAGUGUUGUCUGAGAACUCGCUUCGAAUCCAAGAGGCAGCAAGGAUCACCAGCCUAAAUUGUAAAAGUGCUUACAAAUCAAAACAGUUAACUGGAUACCAGAAUGAACUAAAAACACUGACUGAUGCCUACCUUAAAGCUGCAGAAGAGCUUGACAUAAUGCCAAGUGUGAUGCAACUUGCAAAAUCAGAAUUCUUGCAGAGACAUCUUUUGAUUAAAAUUAGAGUGCUUUCUGGUCAUUUAAGCAAAGCAAACAAGGAUUAUGACACUGCACUUCAAAAUAUUGUCAGCAUUGCUUAUUUUGCAGUUGAACACUUUAGGGAGAACAACACAGAAGAUGCAGAGCCAAAAUUUGAAAACGCAGCUCAGACACUUUUCGAGAAUGUAAAAUCUGCAACCAAAAGAGUUGAGGACUGCUUAAACUAUAUCCGCGACCCACACGCCCGUUCUAACCUGAGGUCUAUCAACGACCAUUUGUCUUUUCAGAUUUCAGAUGUAAUCAGCAGGGCAAAGCUCAUGGUAGAGACUCACUACAUUUGUGACACACUCAGUCUUGAUGUGCAGAUACAAUGUUGGUCAUCCAAAGCUCAUUAUGUGGUGGAGGAGAUCACGAGGCAAGAUGGGAUUCACCAAGAGGCUAAGGAGCACAUCAGGGCUGGUCUACAGGGCAGGACAUCUGAGGAUUUCAAAGAAGUGUCAGCUGCAAUCCCAUCUAAAGUCAAAGAAGUGGAAUAUCCCACUAACACAGCAAUGAACUCCUGGCAGAAAGGCUAUACAGAAAGUGUAGAUGCCCCAAAAACAAAUAUCAGCACAGCAGCUGUGGCCAUAUAUGGCCCUGAAAAAGAUGAUGUUGCCAGGUCUGGUGCAUACAAAGAAGCCUCUUCGCUGACCUACACUUCACUUUUUCUAAAACAAGAAAGUAACAGCUGGGAUCCCAGGGACAACAGAAUUGUCCAGGUGACCAGGAAAAUGGCUGACACAAUAUGCUACAUGACUCAGUACUUGAAGAAGAGAGGCCCAAUACCAAAUAAAGAGGCAUUUGUCACAGCAGCCAAAGAUGUGAUCUCAAACUGCCAGUCAGUGACUCAGUUUAUCAGAGUCAUUGCCAACCACUGCUUGGAUAAACAGUGUACAGUUGAACUGUCCCUCAUUGUCGAGCAGAUUCUCACCAUCACCAACCAGCUCAACAUCAUUUCCAGUGUUAAUGCUGUCACGCCUGGGUGCAAAUCAUCUGAUGAGAUCCUGGUGAAGAACGCGCAGAAUCUACUCCAGACAGUCCUGCGUGGGGUCCAUGCUGCAGAGACAGCCUGCAUCACAGGUUUGAAGCAGCCUGAACCAAACUCAGAUGGUGCAGAGGCUACAGCUCUGUGUUUCCAGUGGAAGAGGAACCUGGAGAUCCAUCGAGCCCAACAGACCUGUAACCCAGAGACCGAUGACCUGGGAUUGAGGAAGACUUCAUCCCAUCCUGUAGCACCCAGUCUUGCCCCACCAGUUAAUGUACAAGAUGGCUACAAGUGA